AUGGAGCUCCGGGGCCCCAGGGCGCCGCUGCCGCUGCUGCUGCUCCUGCUGCUGGAGACCGGCCUCCUGCCUGUGAGCAGGCCUGCAGAGACCCGGGCCCAUGCGGAGGAGCGGCUCCUGAAGGCACUCUUCUCUGGCUACAACAAGUGGUCCCGCCCGGUGGCCAACAUCUCAGAUGUGGUCCUGGUCCGCUUUGGCCUAUCCAUUGCCCAGCUCAUUGACGUGGAUGAGAAGAACCAGAUGAUGACCACGAACGUGUGGGUGAAGCAGGAGUGGCAUGACUACAAGCUGCGCUGGGACCCCAGGGACUACGAGAACGUCAGCUCCAUCCGCAUCCCCUCCGAGCUCAUCUGGAGGCCGGACAUUGUCCUGUACAACAAUGCGGAUGGAGACUUUGCGGUCACCCACCUUACCAAGGCCCACCUGUUCCACGACGGGCGGGUGCAGUGGACGCCCCCCGCCAUCUACAAGAGCUCCUGCAGCAUCGACGUCACCUUCUUCCCCUUCGACCAGCAGAACUGCACCAUGAAGUUCGGGUCCUGGACGUACGACAAGGCCAAGAUCGACCUGGUGAGCAUGCACAGCCGCGUGGACCAGCUGGACUUCUGGGAGAGCGGGGAGUGGGUCAUCGUGGACGCCGUGGGCACCUACAACACCAGGAAGUACGAGUGCUGCGCCGAGGUGUACCCCGACAUCACCUACGCCUUCGUCAUCCGCCGGCUGCCGCUCUUCUACACCAUCAACCUCAUCAUCCCCUGCCUGCUCAUCUCCUGCCUGACCGUGCUGGUCUUCUACCUGCCCUCCGACUGCGGCGAGAAGGUCACGCUGUGCAUCUCUGUUUUGCUCUCGCUGACCGUCUUCCUGCUGCUCAUCACCGAGAUCAUCCCGUCCACCUCGCUGGUCAUCCCGCUCAUCGGCGAGUACCUGCUCUUCACCAUGAUCUUCGUCACAUUGUCCAUAGUCAUCACUGUCUUCGUGCUCAACGUGCACCACCGCUCACCACGCACACACAGCAUGCCCACCUGGGUGCGCAGGGUCUUCCUGGACAUUGUGCCCCGCCUUCUCUUCAUGAAGCGGCCAUCUGUGGUCAAGGACAACUGCCGGCGGCUCAUUGAGUCCAUGCACAAGAUAGCCAAUGCCCCGCGAUUCUGGCCGGAGCCCGAAGGGGAGCCCAGCAUCCUAAGUGGUGUGCACAGCCAGGGACCGUCACCUGCCCUGUCCUUCUGUGUCCCCCUGGACACACCCGAACCCCAGCCUGCCUGCAAGUCACCCUCCAGCCAGGUUCCUGCUCCACAGCCCUUGGAGGCCGAGAAGGCCAGCCCACGCCCCUCGCCAGGUCCCUGUCGCCCACUCAACAGCCCUGGGGCCCCAAGGCUCACCAAAGCCAGGUCCUUGAGUGUCCAGCACAUGUCCAGCCCCCACGAAGCAGAAGAGGGUGGCAUCCGGUGCCGGUCUCGGAGCAUCCAAUACUGUGUUCCCCGAGAUGGUGCGGCCUCCCAGGCUGAUGGCCAGAUGGCUGGCUCCCUGUCCUCCCUGAAGGCCCACUCAGCCGAGCUCCCACCUCCAGACCAGCUCUCUCCAUGCAAAUGUACAUGCAAGAAGGAUCCCUCUGUGGUGUCCCCAGUCACUGUGCUCAAGGCCCGCAGCACUGCAGUGCCACCCCGGCACCUGCCCCUGUCACCAGCCCUGACUCGGGCAGUGGAGGGCGUCCAGUACAUUGCUGACCACCUGAAGGCAGAAGACACAGAUUUCUCGGUGAGGGAGGACUGGAAGUACGUGGCCAUGGUCAUCGAUCGCAUCUUCCUUUGGAUGUUCAUCAUCGUCUGCCUGCUGGGCACCGUGGGCCUCUUCUUGCCACCCUGGCUGGCCGGCAUGAUCUAGGGACAGAGCCAGCAAGGC